AUGGUGGGGAGAAAUUAUUCAAGUCUUGACGUUUCGUUCCUCCACUUGUCGAAGAUCUCAAAAUUGUUGUCGCAAUGGGUCGUCUUGUCCCCACUCAGUGUCAUCCCCGUGUUUUCAGAAGCCGCAACAAAAGCAGUGUUCAUGUUAUAUCCCGACUUCGCGGAUAUCCGGAAAAGCGUGACGGUCCGAAUUGUCGAUUACACAACACACACACAAAUUCGCGAUCUUCGCCAUAGUAACAUCAACACGUUAAUUCGAGUGAUUGGGAUAGUUACUCGAGUCACGCCGAUCUAUCCACAACUCAUUGCUGUGAAAUACAUCUGCGCGGUAUGUCAGGCACGGCUCGGCCCAUAUUAUGUGAACAAAGAGAUGAAUAAAGUCCCCCAACUUCAAGUUUGCACGACAUGUCAAUCGAAAGGGCCUUUUUCUAUUGACGUUCAAAACACCGUUUAUCGCAAUUAUCAGAAGAUAACUGUCCAAGAACCUCCAUCCUCAGUGUCUGCAGGAAAUGUCCCUCGGACAAAAGAUGUCAUCUUGUUGGGGGAUUUAAUCGACAAGGCGCAACCUGGCGAAGAAAUAGAUGUGACGGGGAUAUACAUUCAUAACUAUGAAACAGGGCUAAACAGAGGAUUUGGGUUUCCAGUCUUUUAUACUGUUAUUGAAGCUAAUAUGAUCGAGAAGAUGUCUGGAGACGUCAUCUCAACGACUAUCACACACGAGGAGGAACAAGAGAUCAGAAGGUUAUCUGCACAACCGAACGUCUUUCAUCUCAUUAUCAAUUCAAUUGCACCUUCGAUUUAUGGCCACGACGCUUCUAAGGCGGCGAUUGCUCUUGCUCUAUUUGGAGGAGAACCAAAACUACUCAAAGAAAAGGGGAACCACCGCACUAGAGGAGAUAUUAAUGUGCUGCUCUUGGGCGACCCCGGGACGGCUAAAUCUCAAUUAUUGAAGUAUUCACAGAAGUUGGCGCCAAGGGCCGUGUUUACGACGGGGAGAGGAAGUACUGCGGUCGGACUCACAGCGGCUGUGAAGAAGGACGUUGGUGGGGAGUGGGCACUCGAGGGGGGUGCACUGGUAUUAGCAGAUGAAGGCGUCUGUUUAAUAGAUGAGUUUGAUAAGAUGAGUGAUGAAGAUCGGACGUCUAUUCAUGAGGCGAUGGAACAACAAUCAAUCUCGAUCUCAAAAGCGGGAAUAGUGACAACUUUGAAGGCAAGAUGCUCUGUGAUUGCAGCGGCGAAUCCAAAAGGUGGGAAAUAUAAUCCAUCGAAAAAUUUGCAAGAAAACGUCAAUUUGACGGAACCAAUCAUCUCGAGAUUUGAUUUGGUGAUGAUUGUGAGAGAUACGGUGGAAUAUACCAGAGAUUUGGCAUUGGCAAAGUUCGUUGUGGCUUCUCAUUUUCUCAAUCACCCCAAUCACAACGAAGAGAGCGACUUGGGCGGAAUGAAAGAAAAUUUGGGGGACGAAAAAGAAGAGAAUGAACAAGUCAUAGAAGAGAAGAGCAAAGAGGAGAAAAACACCACCGUACUUGGAAAAGACUACGUCAUCCCUCACACACUCAUGAAGAAGUAUAUAGCCUACGCAAGACAAAACUGCCACCCAAAGUGGACGUCCAGCGCAGGACAGGAACAAAUCAUCGAAGUGUAUAAUGCAAUGAGAAGUACAUGCUCUGGGUUCGGUGGGUCACAGGUCACCGCAAGACAGAUUGAAGCAAUAACCAGACUUGCUGAGGCGCACGCAAAGUUACACUUAAAAUCUGUUAUCAAUUUUGAAGAUAUUAAAAUGGCCCUCAAAGUUUCUUUGAAGUCGUUUAUUUCGUGUCAGCGGACGGAACAAGCCAGAAAGCUUCAGGCUAAAUUCCAAAACUACUUAAAUUGA